AUGAAAAUAAUCGGCAAUUUCAGUAGUGAACUUUAUAAAAAAUUUUUAGAAACAAGUUUACCAAUUGCAAAUGGCAACUUUACGAGUAGUAAUGAUGGAAGUGGAAAGGUAAAACAAAAAACGGUGAAUACAAGUAGCAGUAAUUCAUCAUCAAGUAUAAAUUCAGCUGAAGUAAUAUAUAGCGCAUCGUCAUCAGUUGGUCAACAGCAGAUACCUCUUACGACGACAGCCCAUUUACCAUCAACAUCAUCAGUUCGUAUGGAUGCAUCACAGAAUUCCCAUGGCAGAGCAAGUGCUAGAUCUAGUUAUCCAUCACCACAGAAUUAUAUCCAUCUUCAUUUAAAUGCAAUUCAGCCACAGCAAUUGCCAACAGCUUCGGCACAACAACAACAGCUUGCAGGUGUGCCACAAAAAGUGCCAACAGGAGCAACGUUAUCUCAUCCUCAGCAACAGCAGCAACACAUUAAUGCUGGUUUGCCCCCACAACAAGUACCAUCGCAAAUACAUCAGCAAAUAUCCGGCAUGCAAUCGGUUCAGCAACAGCCAGGCUAUCCGCCUGGAAUGUAUCAAGGAUACUGGCAAUCUCAACAAGCAACACGAUGCAUGCAACCAGGAGGAAAUCCACCUACACAUUCAAUGCAUUAUUAUCAGCCACAAGUUGCUCAACCAGCUUUUGGUGGUUUUAAUAUGAAUGUUGGUCGAGUGAUGCAUUCAAGUGGUAAAAUGUCAUCACAAAUGCAACAAAUGGAUUUGCAACAGAGAAUGCCAAAUGGUCCUGGUGUACACAUGGAAUGGCAGGCAAAAAUGAUACAACAGCAAAAAGAUGCACAACUACAACAACAGCAACAACAAAAUGCAUGCCAAUCUUCAACAGCUUCAAAUGUUCCUGCUAGCCAUACAACAGGAGCACAGACAGCACCAAGUCCAAGCGGUGCAUCAUCUGUAAUCGAUGAGUCUUUAGAUGAAUCAAAAUCGCCAAUAUCAUGGCCAAGAACACCAGCUCAACAUAGUCAAGGACAACGUACACCAGUUGGUUCAGUUCGUUCGUCGACACCAGCAAUGAAUAUGAAUAAAUCUAAGGAAUCUAUAAUUGAUAAACUUGUUGGUCCAGUAACAGUAACAAAUCCUGAAUCUUUUAUGCCAACGAGAAGAAGUUUCUUUGAGAAGCUUGUUAUGUUUCUCGAUUCUCAGAAAAUGCAUUCAAUGCAUGUACAAAAAAAUGCUAAAAAAGUACUUUAUUUGCAGAAUGAACCGAUAACUCAAGUGCCACAAGUAUCGAAACAACCAAUUGAUCUGCAUCGGCUUUAUUUAGCUGUUAGACAAAGAGGUGGAUUUGAGCAGGUGACACGCGAUAAAACUUGGAAAUUAAUAUGCUCGGAAGCGAAUCCAGAAAUGUCAGAAUCAUCAGCUGCUGGUUAUCAGUUGCGAAGACAUUAUCAGCGAUACUUACUUGCACUUGAAUGCUUAGAAACUGGUAGAAAUGCGAAUGAUGCUGUUGCAUUUGCUGAAAAGUUGAAAAAGAAAAAGCGUUGCGAGAAAGAUUCAUUACCGCAGCAAUAUCCCGGACCAGUCGCAUUUCUGGGCUCUCGUUCAUCUGUAGUGCCACCACAAAUGAAAAGUUCUAACAACUGGUAG